GCUGGAGGGAGGGUCGGUCCCCGGCAGGACUCGGGCCGCGAGCCGACCACGGAGCCCCCUCCCCGUCCACCUGGCCAGCUCCGCGCGUCCGGCAGACUCACCCGAGACUGGUGCCCCGACCACGCUGCCCCGCCCGCCAUGGCCUGGCUCCUGACGCUCACGGCCACCCUGGGUUGCAUCAGCCUCCUCUACCUGCGACUGCCCUGCGUGCGGUCCGGACUCGUGGGCCGAGUCCCGCCGUCCACACGACCCAGGCAGCCCCUAGCCCGGACUUCUUCCAGUGGUCUACCACCCUGGCAGCCCAUCCCCCAGCCUAUGUUCCAGAAGCUUCAUCAAGCCUCCCAGCCACAGAAGAAAGCCAGCCUGGUUCCCACUAUGGGUCGGCCUGUCCUGCGUGGUGGCCCCCGCCACUCACGUCUGCAGAGACAUUUGGGGCUUCAGAGACACUUGGGAUCCCGAAGGCCCCACGCCCAGCUCCUAAGAGUAGGGUGUGUUCUGGGCACCUGCCAGGUGCAGAACCUCAGCCAUCGUCUGUGGCAGCUUGUAGGGCCAGCUGGACGUCGGAAUUCAGCGCCUGUGGACCCCAGCAGCCCUCACAGCUAUGGCUGAAGUGGAUUCUGGCAAUACCUCUUCCCAUCCCAUCCCAGCUGGAGUGCCAUACCCUGAUCUCAGAGCUGCAACUGAGUCCCCCUACCCAGGCUCUGUUCCCCCAGUGCUCCCACAGGCAGCAAGACCUGCAACAACUAUAUCCACACCACUCUGGAUACGUAAACCCAGUCUGUGUAGACCUAGUCAGUUUACACGUAGCAUCUGCACCUGUAGAACUGUGCAUGCCCAAGGAACAGGUGUAAGGGCUGUCUGCAUCAUCAGAUGCCCAAAAGGGCUUUAGAGGAAGGGUCUGGUCAGCAGGCAGAUCAAAAGCCAGAGUCCUGAAUGUAUAGGUCCAUCUGGGAGCAAGCAGGACAGAGAGAGGCUGAACUGGCCCCAUGUGGCUCCCUCUUCUACUAGGAAUUAAGCCAGCUGUGUUCCCAGUUGUUGCUGCUGUCCUGUGUGGUUUGCCCUUCUUUGUACAUGCCUCAUCCAGGGUCCACAGACUAUCUCUGCCUGUGACAUGAAAUAGGAGGGGCAACAAGGAAAACUGUCAUGUGGUCCUGAGGUUAAGAAGAGGAAAGAAACCUUCACAAUUUGAAUUGGCAACCCUGGAAUGCAGGACAAAAUGGUGAUAGAAACCCUACCAAAGUCUCUUGUAGGCAGCUGAGGAGCAAGCAUAAGGCUUCAGGGGCAUUCUAGGGCAGAGCAGAGAGACCUCCUCCUGCCUUAAGGGUAUUGUAGGGAUUGGGUGAGACCAAGAUCCCCAGCCUAAAUAGGUCUGUUAAGACCCAUCCCUAAAAGGUCUGGGAAUAUGGCCUAGUGGUUAGAGUGCUUGCCUAGCAUUCAUGAGGCCAUCGGU